AAAUCAGUGGAAUUUGUCAAAAUGGGUUUCUGUUAUUUGCUCCCUUCUGUGGUACUGUGGAAACAUGAUCGCAGAUAACAGAGGGGACUCCCUAUGCGUAAAUAAAAGGGUUAUUUUUAGUUAACAAAAGUAAAACUAUUUAUAUACUCAGUUGAUUCAGUUAUAAUAUGAUCAACUGAAACUGUAUUGACAAAUUAUUACUAUCGUGUAGUUUAAGGCACAGAUGGCAAAUACAUUAAUUAGAUGUUAAAAUAAGAAAACUUAAAGCUCCUCUGAAGAGUGUUUCUGUUUGCCAAACGCCCAGUCCGGUAGGUGGCAGUAAUACGCCUUGCAUCGGGCUUCCACGCGGCAAUUGCAUAAAACGAAGAAGCGUUGCUUAUUAGCACAGCAGCGGCUAUGGACGGAUCUGCUCACAGGCUGUGGAGGUCACCUCGGACCUGUGAUGAAUACUGGAGUGAAUUUAGACAUUGCAAAAGCUGGAGGAAUCGGUUUCACCACUACUACACAUUUGGUACGUCACCAUCCUGCCAGCAGUGGAAAGAGGAUUACCAAAACUGCAAGGAGUGGGAGAAAUAUGGAAGUGCUGAGGCCAAGGAAGCCUUGCAGAGGAGUGAGAGAAACAGAGUGGCAGAGCAGAAGAAGUUUACCCCCAUCUGGGAACUGAGACAAGACCCUCCUAAAGACUGGCACUUGCCCCUGAAUCAGGAUAGACCACAGGACUCUUGAUCUGUCACUGUUAAGCUACAGGAUCUUUUCCAUGGAGGCCAACACAAAAUGAAGAUUCCAGAUUUGUCACUUUAAAGGACUUCACAAAAGCUUAUUGUGACAAAGGAGAGACUUCAUCACUUAUUGAUUUCUUAUCUUGUAUUCAUUGAACUGCCUUACAAUUAAAUGGUUGUCAAAACAGUAUGGCAGCUUCUAGUGGUCAAUGACGACCAUGGCCACCUGUCAGUGAGAAUAUGUCUGUAAGAAAGUGUUGUCCUCUGCUGAUAUUUAAAAUUAAAUCACACCAUAAAGGCAGACUGCCUUUAUAAUUUCAUGAUAUUUCAGUGUAAAAACUUGUCUAGUGUAAAAAAUAAAACUAUUUUGGGAAUUUA